UACUGCCCUGAAGACACUACAUUUGGAAUACUCACCCAAGGCUGGGUGAUUCACUAGAGCUCAAGAGGACAGAGUCAAGUGUCAACUGAGAAACAUUACUGACUUGCAAGAUCAGCCACCAUCAGUUCUGGACAAAGCUUCUACACUGAGUGGAGUCCCCUAGAAAAUCAGCAAGGCUAAGAAAUAUUGUCAACUUCUUGCAUAAAAGUCCACUGGGGGUUCUUCGUGACUCAUACUCAAAACCAAAAAAGGAGCAUUUUCCAGCAUCCUCGCCUAUUUAGAACAUAUCUAAAAACUUGAGAUUAUUACUAAUUAAUGGAGGCUAUGAAGUCUAAGGCCAAUUAUGUCCAGAAUCCAAGUUGUAGCAUAAUGAUAUUUCAUCCAACCAAAGAAGAGUUUAAUGAUUUUGAUAAAUACAUUGCUUACAUAGAAUCCCAAGGUGCACACAGAGCAGGCCUGGCCAAGGUAAUUCCCCCCAAAGGAUGGAAAGCCAGACAGACUUAUGAGGAUAUCAGUGACAUCUCAAUAGCUGCCCCUCUCCAGCAGGAGGCUUCUGGGAAGGCAGGUGUGUUUACUCAGUACCACAGAAAGAAGAAAGCCAUGACCGUGAGUGAGUAUUGCCACUUAGCAAACAGUGAAAAAUAUCAAGCUCCACCACACUUGGAUUUUGAGGACCUGGAGCAAACAUACUGGAAAACGCGCCUGUACGGUUCCCCCAUCUACGGCGCCGAUGUCAGUGGCUCGUUGUUCGAUGAGAACACGAAGCAGUGGAACCUGGGCCACCUGGGCACCAUCCAGGACCUGCUGGAGCAGGAGUGCGGAGUGGCCAUCGACGGCGUCAACAGCCCGUACCUGUACUUCGGCAUGUGGAAGACCGGCUUCGCCUGGCACACGGAGGACAUGGACCUUUACAGCCUCAACUUCCUGCACUUCGGGGAGCCCAAGACGUGGUACGCGGUGCCCCCUGCGCAUGGCCGGCGCCUGGAACGCCUGGCCAGGGAGCUGUUCCCUGGCCCCGCGCGGGGCUGCGAGGCCUUCCUGAGACACAAGGUGGCGCUCAUCUCGCCCACGGUCCUCAAGGCCCAGGGCAUCCCCUUCGGCCGCGUCACGCAGGAGGCGGGCGAGUUCAUGGUGACGUUUCCCUAUGGCUACCACUCGGGCUUCAACCACGGCUUCAACUGCGCCGAAGCCAUCAAUUUCGCCACCCCGCGCUGGGUCGAUUAUGGCAAAGUGGCGUCGCAGUGCAGCUGCGGGGAGGCGCGGGUGGUGUUCUCCAUGGACGCGUUCGUGCGCAUCCUGCAACCCGAGCGCUAUGAGCUGUGGAAACGGGGCCAGGAUCGGGUGGCGCUGGAACACACGGAGCACCUGUCCUCGCCUGGCAGCCUGGAGUUGAGUGCCUGGAGGGAGGUCCGCGAGCCUGCGGGGGCUGCUUUCAGCCCAAGGUACUGCCCGCCUCGUGCGGCCUCACGCCACCGUCGUCCAGGGUCUGCGGGUGGUGGGACCUGCCGCCCAGCCCCUGUGCGUUCUGUGUCCUCAAGCCCUGCACGAGUCCGGCCUUCCUCCUCCGCUGCCCAGCUCGAGGCUUCUGCUGCUCGCAGCUCCAGGAAGCCCAGAUCCACCCGGUGGCCAACCCCAUGCCCAGCCACCCCUGAUCUCCGUCUAAGUGGCCGGCAUGUUUCAAAUCGUCGUCCUCGGGAACAGGGCACUCAGGAGAGACACAGCUGGGGCCUCAAGCCUCAACCCCUGCCUGCUGUUGGACCCUUGAUGGACAGCCCAGUCCCUCUGAGCCCUGGGCUCCAGCAUCCUGCUGAGGCUUCUGGGCACUGCUGUGCCCCUGUCCCCUAAGCCUAACGAUGCCUUUGGGCUCCAGUGCUCUUGUGUGUGGAGGAUCUUUGAGACUGGCCCCAUGUCCACGUCAGAGCUUUGGGUAUUUGCAGGUCCCUGGUCUCGCACGAAAGGCCCUCCUGUGUGGCCGCUGGUGGUACUGGCUCCAUGGUCUUUACCAGAUUCUCCAAAGUUUAUUCUUCCUCCCGGACUUUUUUGGGAAUCUGCUAACACCUGCGCGUCACCCCCUGACAGAUUUCAUCCACUGGACACGCUAGUGUCUCCGCAAACUAGGUCCUGCUGAGGCUCCCAGAGCCCCGUCUACCUCAGACUCCCAUCCUGCGGGCCACCUCUGGAUGCUGCUGAGCUUCUGAAGCAUCCUGGGCCUUGGCUGCCCUCCAGUCUCUCUCCUUUUCCUCUUCCCCCUCCCCUUGCCCCUCUUCUUGCCAAACUAGCCCUUCUGGCCCAUUAGGUUUGUGGUGGCUCAGGCACGAGCAUCACCUUCCUGAGUCCUUGGUGUGCUGACAAUGUGUUCUCUGCCAGGAUUUGUUCACAAGGAUAUUAAACGUAGCUGGAAUGUUCAAAGCCGAUGUUUCCUCUCCUGUUGUUCAAUCAAUCCUUUGAGAGACGGUGCUUCUUUUCUGCAGUGUUUUUUUUUUGGGGGGUGUGUGGGUGUGAGGGGGCCCUGGGCCAGUGGCCUAGGACGUUCCCAGGUCAGGGAUUAAAUUGGUGCCAUAGCAGGAACCACUGCAGUGACAUCGCCAGAUCCUUAACCCCCUGAGCCAACAGGGAACUUUUUUUCUGCACUUUUCUCAAUACUUAUAUCCAAACAUUUCAAUCAAAGCUUAUUUUUAUGAGCUGGUUACAUUCUGCAGUGUUGGCGAGUGAGUUUGGGGGAUGGUUGUUGGGUUCUGGGUGGCUAGCUUGGUUGGGGGAUGUGGUUCGGAGGCAUAUCAGAAGGCUGACUUGGACAUCGCCUGGUCCUUGAGUGACCCAUGCUGCUGGGAGAGAUGAGCACACAUAGGUCAAAGAGAGCCACCAUCUGAAAAUCUCCUGUCCAUG